AUGGGAUCCUUAUGCGAUUCCGUAUACCGUCCGCGUAAACUGCAUCGCCGUAUUCGUGGAUAUAUGAUGUUUACACCGUCAAGUGAUUCAUAUGUCAACUAUGGAUUUCCACAUUAUAUGGAUGGGAACGAAAUAAAGCUAUGGAUGGGAGCGGAUAAGGAUAACACGACGCAAUCGUUCAAAUGGCAGGCGCCAGAGUGGGCGGUGGGAAAUGUAGAUUAUUCAAUAUGCGAUGCUGUCAAACCAAAAGUGGAGAAUCGAGUGUUCGUUAAAGGCCAGAUCACUUGGGCAAACGGACAACCCGAUAUGACUCCUGGAAAGGACUGUACAUACUUAACAUACAAAUAUAAAUUGGAGUUUCCUUCAUAUGGCUUUUACACCGCAAGAUGUGACAACGAAGUUGCUGAUGGUUUCGCGUGUGGAAACCUGCAAACAAAUUUAAGAGGAAUUCCGUUAUUCCAGAAAACUGCCGACGAGUAUGGCAUAAACCCUCCAGAUAGACCUACGCGACAGGGUUUUCUAAUGUAA